AGAUUACUGAAACCCGGAACGAGGAGGAAAACCCAAGUAAAGGGACAAAAUAUAUUGGAACUUUGGAAGUGAAGAAUACCAAGGAAAUCAAAAACCCAGAUAUGAACAGCUGGAGUCAGAUGUCCGUUACUGUGUUUCUUGCUGUUCUUGGCUUUUGUCUUGUAUCUUAUGAUAAAGCCAAUAUUUCUUUCUUUCCUUUCUUCCUUUCUCCCUUUUUUCUUCUUCUUCUUCUUCUUCUUCUUCUUCUUCUUCAAUUCUUCUUCUUCUUCUUCAAUAAUUCUUCUCUUUAUUGCAUUAUGCGUAUGUCUUUGUAGUUUGAGAAGGCUCAUGAAACGAGGCUGAGGUUUCCUUUCCCUUUCUGAGGCUCUCAGCUUUCCUUGAAUCAACCCUUCUGCAAUACACUUUGGCCCUUCCAUGUUCCAUCAUCUCAACGCUCUAGGAAAUAGGAGAGAGACAGUGAUGUAGCAUUCAAUUUUAUAGUGCAAUUCGUUCUUCGAAUCCCUUUUAUGAGUUAUGGCCCUUUCCAUUUCAGUUUCAGUACUUCUCAAUUAGCACACACUUACAUAUAUAUAUAUAUAUAUAUAUUUCCCAUCUCAUUCUCCCACCCUUCUCAUCAAUAUCAUCAUCAUCAUCAUCGUCCGAACUCUGCAAAUCCAGAAGUGUUUCCCUAUUCCUUUCCCAGAAAUGGGCUCCUGUAGAAAUUUCAUGCGUGGAAGGCAUAAGCUUCACCAUCUCUCCUUCCCUUUUCUCUUUCUCUUGAUCUCAAGCUGGACCCAGUUCCCAUCUAUCGCUGAAGGUAGAGCGUUUCUCAGAUCCGCUGACCGUUCCAAGGAAGAGAAGAUAGGUUCGAAGCCGCCACAGUGCGAGAAAAGAUGCUCCUCAUGCGGGCACUGUCAGGCCAUUCAGGUGCCUAUAAACCCACAAACAAGAACUGGGAACAGAAGAAACUCUUCCGAUUCAUUGUCAACUCACUAUGCCAGAGCCGAUGACAGCUCCAAUUAUAAGCCCUUGAGCUGGAUGUGCAAAUGUGGGAAUUCCUUCUUCAACCCAUGACCAACGAUUGAAUUCCCAUCUUCAUAUAUAUAUAUGGUUGCUGAGCUUGUGAAUCUUGUACACUAGAUGAUCAUAUCAGUAUAGACGAUUUCCACAGUGCUGCUCUUUAAUUUGGUCUUUCUAGCUAGGUUUUUGCUCUUCUGUAAUGCUUUUGAUUUAUGCGCGUUUAAUAAUGAAGUAUUAUGGUUAAGUAAUUGAUCGUCAACUUUCCUGCUGAUCUUCGUUGC